GGCAGCGACCCCUUCUCAUGUAAUGGGGUUGGGUCAUCCCAAGGAUCCCGGAAUGCACGGACGGUGUUAGUGGGGGAACAGGAAGUUCCGGACAGAAGCGCACCAUUAUUCAGUGUAAAGAAAGCGCCAGAACGGUGCAGUCAAUAAGAUAUCAUUUUUGUCCUUUUCUAUGAAUUACUACAGGCCGACUCAGAUUAAGUCUGAGGCCGGUAACAUCAACAGUGAGGACAAUCCCAGCCUGCCUCUCUCAUUCCACACUGAGUCCAAACCUACAGUCACUGGGUCCUGAUUGUGACAGUGGAGCCCAGUGUGCACUGCAGGAUCCAGAGAUGGCAUCAGUGAAGCUGGAAGACUGCAGUCCAACACUGGAGCUGAAUGUCAACAUUAAAGAUGAAGAAGAGGAGGAGAAGAUUGGGGGAUCUGUUAGUUAUGGUAUGAGGCCGGUAACAUCAACAGUGAGGACAAACCCAGCCUGCCUCUCUACUUCCACACUGAGUCCAAACCUACAGUCGCUGGGUCCUGAUUGUGACACUGGAGGCCAGUUUCUACAGCAGGAUCCAGAGAUGAUAUCAGUGAAGCUGGAAGACUGCAGUCAAACACUGGAGCUGAAUAUCAACAUUAAAGAUGAAGAAGAGGAGGAGAAGAUUGGUAAAUCUGUUUCUCAUGGACGACUAGAAUUAAGUCUGAAGCCGGUAACAUCCACAGCCUGCCUCUCUCUAUCCACACUGAGUCCAAACCUACAGUCACUGGGUCCUGAUUGUGACAGUGGAGCCCAGUUUGCUCUGCAGGAUCCAGAGAUGGCAUCAGUGAAGCUGGAAGACUGCAGUCAAACACUGGAGCUGAAUGUCAACAUUAAAGAUGAAGAAGAAGAGGAGAAGGUUGGGAAAUCUGUUUCUCAUAGAGACCAUGUUGAGACAUUCUCUACAUCCAGAGAGCAACAGCAGGAAGAUCACAGAGCUAAGAGCUCUCACCACUGCCCACAUUGUGAGGAGAAUUUCCCAAUUCUAUCAAAGCUAAAAAUACACCUAAAAAUACACACAGGAGAGAAUCUGUAUUCCUGUACUGACUGUGGGAAGAGAUUCACAACAUCAAGGGCUCUGACAGUUCAUCAGAGAGUGCACCCUGGAGAGAAGCCUUACUCCUGCUCUGACUGUGGGAAGAUUUUCUCUUGUCCGGGCCACUUAAAAAGACAUGAACAUAUACAUACAGGAGUGAAGCCUUACUCUUGCUCUGACUGUGUAAAAUGCUACACAACAUCAUCUGAGCUAAAACUUCAUCAGAGAGUGCACACUGGAGAGAAGCCUUACUCCUGCUAUGACUGUGGGAAGAGUUUCUCUCGACAGGGUUUUUUAAAAGCACAUGAACUUAUACAUACAGGAGUGAAGCCUUAUUCCUGCUCUGACUGUGGGAAGAUUUUCUCUCAACUGGGCCACUUAAAAAGACAUGAACGUAUACAUACAGGGGUGAAGCCUUACUCCUGCUCUGACUGUGUAAAAUGCUUCACAACAUCAACUGAGCAAAAAGUCCACCACAGAACACACACAGGAGAGAAGCCUUACUCCUGCACUGACUGUGUAAAAUGCUUCACAACAUCAACUGACCUAAAAGUCCAUCAGAGAACACACACAGGCGAGAAGCCUUACUUCUGCUCUGACUGUGGAAAGAGUUUCUCUCAAUCGUGCCACUUAAAAAGACACCAAGGUAAACAUAAAGGAGAGAAGCUUUACCACUGAUCUGACUGUAGAAAAUGUUUCGAAACAACAGCUGAGCUAAAAGGUCAUCAGAGAACAGACACCGGAGAGAAGCCUUACUUCUGCUCUUAAUUUGGCAAGAGUAACUCAAGUAAAAGUCUAAAGGUAUUCUGUUGUAAAUAUACCUUAGUUUCAAAAGUAAAAGUGAAUCAUUUCAAAUUGCUUAAAUGAACCUCUACGUGAUGGGUGUCCUCUAACCAGGACGGUUGUUGCUAACCUUUCAAUGUGGCUAGAAUUACUUUGUAUACAACAGCCAACUUUCCAGGACAUAGACAUGACUUUAUAUCGUCAGAAAGCUUAAAUUGUUGUUAAUCUACUUGCAGUGUCCAAUUUAACAGUAGCUAUUACAUUGAAAAAAAUACAGUGCUAUUUUUUGAGUAGAGUGCACAACAACUUUUAUCAUGGCAACUGGUUUAAUACAUUCACCUCUGAAGGUCAAUACUGUACUUGCAUUCAGUAAUCUUGCUCUGAUUUGUCAUCCUGGGGGAGAUAAAAUAAUAAAAAGAUCAAAUGUAGCAUAGUUUAAUUUGCUAAAAUGUAUUUUUAUGUUCAAAUGUAGCAACUGGUUCUACAUUUUGAACCCCUGUUGUCUCUGGCUCCACACCUACCCUGCCCAGCCCAGCCAUCUAGCUGUGGAGGUUAGUGUAUAAGCUAAUGAUCCAUCAUGUAUGACAUUCCUGUCAGUGUGUAAACUUAAAUGUUUUAUUACCAUAGCAUAUUUAUAUGUUCUCUAUAGUUUUGUACUUAAUUGACCAAUUCAGGCCAUUUGUGGAAACUCCUGGCAGACUUGAUGCAGUGUAAUGUAAUUCUCUGUCACUGCCCUGGGGCAUUGGGAUAUUAUUUUAGACCAGAGGAAAGAGUGCCUCCUAUUGGCCAUCCAACACCACUUCCAGCAGCAUCUGGUCUCUCAUCCAGGGACUGACCAGGACCAA